AUGGCGAUCAAGGAUUUUAUCAAGGCGGCGACGCCGAGCGGCUUGUACAGCGCGCCGCAGACGGCGACGGCGCUGAAGACGGCGACGAACGGUGCGUUCAUGAUUCCGUCGAAGAAGGAGUAUGGGAUGGAUUACUACCUGCGAUCUGCGCUCGCGGGGGGGAUCUGCUGCGGUGCGACGCACGGCGCGGUGACGCCCGUGGACGUCGUGAAGACGCGCAUGCAGCUCGAUCCGGCGAAGUACUCGGGCAUCAUGUCGAGCUUCGGUAAGGUUGUCUCCGAGGAGGGCGCCGGAGCGCUACUCACCGGUCUUGGACCGACUGUCGUCGGUUACUUCAUUCAAGGUUGGUUCAAGUUCGGUGGGGUGGAGCUGUUUAAGAUCUCCGCCGCGCAGAGGAUGACCGAGCAAGAGGCGUGGGACAACCGCAACUCCAUUUACCUCGGCUCCGCCGCCGGCGCUGAGUUCGUCGCGGAUGUGUUCCUCUGUCCGCUCGAGGCGACGCGCAUUCGUUUGGUGUCCAACCCGACGUACGCCCCGUCCACGAUCAGCGCCAUGAUGAAGAUGGCGUCGGAGGAGGGCAUCAUCUCCGGUUUCUACUCCGGUUUCGGGCCGAUCUUGGCCAAGCAAGUGCCGUACACCAUGGCCAAGUUCGCGGUCCAAGGCCGCGCCGCCGAAGCGAUCUACGAUUCAAUGGGUAAGACGCCGAAGGAAUGCACGAGCUCGGAGAACGUCUCCGUGUCUCUUUCCUCCGGUGUCAUCGCCGGUGUAGUCGCCGCCAUCAUCUCUCACCCCGCCGAUACGCUCCUGUCCAAGGUCAACAAGGCUGGCGCCGGCGGAACCGGCUCCAUCAUAACUCGUCUCGGCCGCAUCGCCGCCGAGACGGGCAUCGUCAAGCUCUGCACGCAAGGUUUGCCCAUGCGUUGCGUCAUGAUCGGUACGCUCACCGCCGGUCAAUUCGGCAUCUUUGACACCGUCAUGGGCGCGCUCGGCGCGGAAAAGUUCCACUUCCACAAUCCCGCAUCUGAAUAA